AUGGCGAAAAUCAAGAAGAAGGGUACCUCUGGCCAGGCCAAAAACUACAUUACUCGUACUCAAGCUGUGCGCAAACUUCAGAUUUCUUUGCCAGAUUUCCGUCGCCUCUGCAUCUUCAAGGGAAUUUACCCUCGUGAGCCCCGGAGCAAGAAGAAGGCUUCCAAGACCUCGACACCAAACACUACUUUCUAUUACACCAAGGACAUUCAGUACCUCCUCCAUGAGCCGCUACUGAACAAGUUCCGUGACCAGAAGUCUGUUGCGAAGAAGAUCGCACGCUCCCUUGGCCGUGGUGAAGUCAGUGAUGCUGCGCGCCUGGAAAAGAACCAUGCCCCCAAGCUCACUCUCGAUCAUGUCAUCAAGGAGCGCUAUCCCACCUUCAUUGAUGCCCUUAGAGAUCUUGAUGAUGCUCUGUCUCUUCUCUUCCUGUUCGCCACCCUCCCUUCCACUGACCAUGUUCCCUCCAAGACUGUUGCCUUAUGCCAGCGUCUGUGCCACGAAUUCCAGCACUACCUGAUUAUUACCAAUUCGCUCCGGAAAUCAUUCCUUUCGAUCAAGGGUAUAUACUACCAGGCGACUAUCCAGGGUCAGGACGUUAUGUGGCUGGUGCCAUACCGCUUUGUGCAGCGCGUGAACGGAGAUAUUGACUACCGUAUCAUGGCUACCUUUGUUGACUUCUACACCACUCUCCUUGGCUUUGUCAAUUUCCGUCUGUACUCUUCCAUUGGCUUGCGCGACGAGAACGGUGCCGAGUUGGCUGCUUUCACCCUCGAGGGCCGCAACGUCGGCGAGACACCCAAGGCUUUGGAGCCCAGCAAGACCCAGACCAACGGCGAAUCGAAGGAGGUUUCCCGAAAGGUUCAGGCUAAGGUUGACAAGCUCAUCAAGUCUGCUGGCUUGGACAAGAAGGAAGAUGAGCAGAUGGAAGAUGCUCCCGAAGAGGAUACCGAAGCCAUUGACCGCUUCGAGCCCGCUGCCCCCGAGGCCGACACCCUCCCUCAACCCGAUUUGAGUGGCAACGAGGCUGGAUCUCUCUUUUCUCCUUUUGUUUUCUACAUCUCGCGUGAGGCCCCCAAGGCCCCUCUUGAGUUUAUCCUUCGCGCCUUUGGCUGCAAGCGUAUCGGCUGGGAUGCCGUGCUUGGCGAUGGAGCUUACACUCACGAUGAGACCGACCCCCGUAUCACUCACCAAAUUGUUGAUCGGCCCCAGCUCCCUGAGUCAUCUCUCCCUGCAAUUCCUGCUGCGGAUAGCGCCUCCCAAAAAGUCAAGCCUGGCACCCGCAUUCCGGGACGCACUUACGUCCAGCCUCAGUGGGUUUGGGAUUGCAUCAACGAGGGCAAGCUCAUUCGUGCUGAUCUCUACGCACCCGGUGCUACCAUCCCGCCUCACCUGAGCCCAUGGGUUAAGGCUUCUCGUGGAGCCUACGAUCCCCGCGCUACCCUGGCUGAGCAAGAAGAGGAAGGCGAGGCUGAAAUGGCCGAGGAUGCCGAGGAGAGUGACGAGGAGAUGGAGGAUGAGGCUGUCGUUGAUGAAAAUCUUGUCGAGGAGGAGUCCGAGGAGGAGUCCGUUGAUGGUGGCAUGGACGUUGCUGGAAGCGAUGACGAGAGCGCCAGCGACGAGGACGAAGAAGAAGAUGAGGAAGUUGAUGAGGAGAUCGCAGCUGCCUCUGAAUCUGAAGAUGACGACGAGGCUGCCCGAAACCAGCACCAACGCGAACUAGAGGCAGAGGCCGCUGGUUUGCCAUUCACUGCCGGUGGGGCAUCUGAUGAGUCUUCCAAGAAGAAGAAGUCACAGACCAAGAAGAUGGCUGCCAAGAAGCGCCAGGAGGAUGAGGAACUCGAGAGGCAGAAGGUCAUGAUGAGCCGCAAGAAGCGCAAGCUGUUGGAGAAGAUGAUGUACUCGAACAAGAAGCAGGCUGACGAGUCUGCUAAGCUCCGCUCCAAGCGGCGCAAGCUUGAGAAGGCUACUGCCAAGAAAUGA